GUGUUUUUUUUAACGUGUGAGUUAAAAAAAAAAGCGACGUCUCCCUGUGCGUAAAAUGCGGCGCUCAGUGCGUCCUGGCACGGACGGCUCUUUGGAAAAUGUGCGGUGUCGGUCGCGUUUCCUCCGCACGCUGCGGGUCGGCGCUGAGCGGCACCUCGGCGACAAGACGCGGAGGAAAGCGCGUCCUUUGGAUCCCAGGCACGCACCGAGCGGUGAGAUCACUGCCGUUAUAAAUAUCCCCGUGCCAGCAGAACAGCUCCAGCUCCUGCAGCCGGGGGUAAUGCCCAGGAGCGCUGCGCGUGCGUGUGCGUGCACACCGUUUUUGUGGCGCCCCGGACCUCGGGAAAAUGCUGCAAGUGGCCUAGCGCGCGUGUCCUCCUUUAUGAUGAACGUUCCUCUCUACCUGCUGGCCGUGGCUCACUUGGUUUGCGCCGCCGCAGCGCAGCGCGUCUCUCUGGAGCGCCAACUUCUGGAGGAGGGGGUCCGCUCGGGACGCAGGACGUGCAGGCUGUACUGCAGGGUGGGCAUCGGCUUCCACCUCCAGAUUCAUCCCGACGGCAGAGUCAACGGCAGCCAUGAGCCCAACCAGCUGAGUGUCCUGGAGCUCUUUGCGGUGUCUCAAGGGGUCAUCGGCAUCAAAGGGGUCCACAGCAACAGAUUCCUGGCCAUGAACAGCAGAGGACGGCUCUACGGCACCACGCGCUUCACGGACGACUGCCGCUUCAGGGAGCGUUUCCAGGAGAACAGCUACAACACCUACGCCUCGCUGCUCCACCGCCACCGCCGCGGCGCCCGCGACUGGUUCGUGGCCCUCAACAAGAGGGGGAAGGCCAAAAUGGGCUCCAGCCCGCGGGUCAAACCGCAGCACGUCUCCACUCACUUCCUGCCCAGGGUCAGCCUGCAGGACGGCGACGGCGAGCGAGGCUUCACCAUCACGGGCAGGAGGAAAGCCCCGCCUCCCCCGCCGCCGCCAACCAGUCCUCCUCCGGCGAAGGCCGUCCGCGCCGCGCCGAGGCGCACGCAGGUCAAGUACUGGCCCAAGUACCGCUUCGGGACGCGUCAGGAAGUGACGUGUGGGACGGUUGCUAUAGCAGCCGUUUACCACACAGAGAGCCUGAAGAUGGAGCACAGCGCGGCCGCUCGAUUCCACGAUACUUUUACUCAGUUCAAGGUCUACGAAGAUUAUCUCGACUCCAAAGUCACGCCGAUGGAUUUGUUUUACUUUAAAAGCCGGGGGUUGGCCCGCCAGCUGGUGGAGCAGGGCCUCAACGGCACCGUCCUGAGCAGGGAGGAGUUUGAGAGGAAGAAAGGCGCCUCGGAGGCCGCGAGGAGCAGCGCGGGGAGGAGGAGCCAGCCGACGUGA